AUGGAUCCGUCCGCCGGGUCCAGGUCGACUCGCGCGUCUCCCGACACUGCCAGUGAUGCUGCAGGCCAUGUUGCUUCAGCUAGUAAUAAUCAUAAUAGGAUCCGCCGUCGCAACCGCUUGAUCACAUCCUGCUUGGAAUGCCGCCGGCGGAAGCUCAAGUGCGACCGGGCCCAUCCGUGCACGAACUGCUCCAAAGCUAAGCGGGACUGUCUGUUCCUGGCCCCUGCGCUGGAUUCGGACGCCCGGCUGAAACUAACAGAGAUCAAAGAGAAGAUGGGCCGGCUGGAGCGGUCGCUGGAGCAGGACGUGGCUGGGAAGCGGAGCGGAGCGGAUAUCGCAGCCAAGGAUGACCCGGCGGAAGCCAUGUUUGGGGCCGCGGAGGAGAGUGCAAACCUGCCGAUCCCGGACGACGAGAAGGAUCUCGAGCCGACGCCCCUGGCGGUGCUGGAUGCCGCUUAUGAGGAUGAGGCGGAUGAUGACAUCUAUGAUCUGGGGUUUAGAGUGGGCAAGAUGAGGAUGACGGACAGAGUUGGGGGGUACUUCCGGCCGAGGUUCGCGGACGAGCUGUCUGCAGGCCUCCGCAAACUGCACAUAAGUGCGGAGCCAGAGUCGUCGGAACCGACUCCGAAGGAGCGAUUGGAACGCUUAUCUGCUGAAGAAAGAGACGCUUAUUUCAGCCCUGGCCCGUCUUAUAUAGCGCCCAGUUCGGAGAUCAUGUUUGGGCCGAUGAACCGUGACUAUGUGUUUGCGGAACACCUCCCCAGUAAGACUGUCACGGAUCGAUUAAUGGAGCAAUAUUGGCUGGCAGUCCACCCAGUCGCUCGCGUUGUCCACCGUCCCAGCUUCGAGAAGAGAUAUCAGGUUUUCUGGGAUGAUAUCAAUAAAGGCUUUGAGCCUACCCCUUCCCUUCAAGCUUUGGUGCUUGCGGCAUUAUUCACGGCAGUCGCCAGUAUGCCAGAGCCUGAAGUGUUUCGCCUGUUUGGAGUGACGCAAAAGGAACUGAGAGACGACUUCCAGUUAGCGACAGAGGCAGGCUUGAGGAAAGCACAUAUACUGCGGACGACAAAGACAGAAACUAUGCAAGCGUUCGUGAUGUAUCUGCUCCCCAUGUGUCGCGGAGAGAUCUCCCGCUCCCAUUCGGCUCUUGUUGGCUUGGGCAUUCGGCUGGCCGAGUGCAUGGGCUUCCAUCGAGAUGCCUCCGAAUACGGCCAUGGUCCAGUUGAGACACACGUACGCCGACUGAUCUGGUAUCAGCUCUGCUUCAUGGAUCUUCGUACAAGCGAGGUGCAAGGGCCCCGUGCCUGUAUCCGACGUGAGGACUAUUCCACGCUAUUCCCACUUAAUCUAAACGACGAAGAUUUCACUUCAGGGAGAUUGGACGAUGUAAACAGGUGGACCGACAUGACCUUUUCCCGAAUUCGGUUCGAAUGCCAGGAGAUCACCCGAGUCUGUCUUGCCGACAGGCUCCGUCUUGAGAAGAGGUUAAUCUCCUUGACUCACCUCAUGGGAAAGAUUGAAAGCUUCCGAAAAGCAAUGUAUGCCAAGUACGAACCCCUUUACAACGUUCCCAAUGCCACACCCAUCCAGCGCGCGGCUGAGCAUAUGUUGGGUCUAUGGAUCUGUCGACUGUACAUCGCCGUCCUACAGCGCUAUCAUUCGAAUCCAGCUGCCCCAAUCCCGGAUAGACUACGCCAAGUUAUGCUCACGGCUGCCGCCCAACAUCUAGAUCACGCCGUACAGUUGGAUACGGCAGCAGAAUUGCAGCCGUGGGUCUGGUAUAGCAGGGCUUAUGAUCAGUAUCAUAUCGCUUUCCUUCUUUUAUUUGACGUCUUCAUGGUUCCAAUGCGGCGCGAUGCAGAUCGCAUCUGGCGCUGUCUGGACUACGUCUAUGAAAUUGGGGCAGAAGAUCCUCUAUCUGAAGCCAAUUCUCUGGGCAAAGUCAGUCGCCAGGAGCUCAUUGCUCGUCGGAAUCAAAAGGCUCUGAGGAUCAUAACACAGGUUAAGGAUAGGCUGGAGAUCUAUAGUGAGAUGAGGAAGCUGAGAUUCCCAAAGACGAUGGCGGAACAGAACUGGCUUGAGACUUGUCAGGCGAAACAAACACCGCCCCCUCUCCAGUCGAAGUCCCAGAAGGGUAAAAGUCCUAUGACGGAUGCGAAGAUGAGCAGAGCCCAAUCACCUCCGGACGUCCCUAAUCCAGUUCAACCACGCCGUGGUAAUGAACAACAACAGCGGCCUUCAAACUCUCCUCCGCAGUCGACAGAAUCAUUCGCUUUUUCUAUCAUGCUUCCUGCUCACGAGAACGUCGAGAAGGCACGGCAGAACAUGGCUGCAGCCCAUUCCCAGAAGGGAAUCAGUACGCUGCCACAGCGAGGAUUACCGUCUCUUCAUGGACCCUACCAUGAUGCUCUUUACUACCCUGCCUCCGGUGCUGCCCCUGCUGUACAACCACCUAUAUCUACUCCGGGAGGCUCGAACAGAGCGGUCCGUGGGGAGAGCUUAGAGUCAGAUGGCAGCAGAAGCUCUGAUUCAGGUGGACCAGGGUUGUGGUUUGUGCCCGGUGGCACUGACACAUCUGGAGGGACGGCACCUACGCCAGGUCCCGUGGGACUUACAAGACAGGAGGAUAUGCCGAUGCCGGAUAUCGAUUGGCUCUUCCUGCCUAUGCCACCACCCAAUUUUUACAUCACUGAAUGGGAUAAACUAUUCCCUCCGGAUAUCAACACCGGCGACCUCAACUUUCCGCCUCAAGUUCUCGAGAUCCCAUCAAACGAACCAAACUCGAUGUUCUAUCAGGGUAUCUACCAUCAGGGUUCGAACUUUCCCUUUUCGCGAUGACCGCACUGUAGCGACUUCCAGGGGCGGGGGGCAUGAUACAUUCGAUAAAACAGUAGAUAUUUCCUCCACUGUAAAUAUCCUGGAUUGGUAUAUACUUCAUCACAUCCUUUGGAACGUUCAUACCCCAGUAGAAACAACAUUUGCGUGUUAUAUAUGGGAAAUAGGGCGCUUUUUUUUGAGAUCAUCAUUGGAAGAAUAUGGCGUUUUAAGUUUAUAGAGAUACGCCCGAAAGAAUCGUAAAGUCAUCCAUCGGAG